GUGUUUUAUUUUCUCUUUCUUGCUGCACCAAGGUGGGUGACGUUCCCAGGACGCUGCCGCGUGAUCUGCGAGGACGAGCGGCCGCGCUCGCGCGUGAGCUUAACACGCACGACACUACGCAGGAGGACAACGAGAUGCAGUUUGGUGACGAGGUGGACGGCUACGAUGCCGAAGACCUGGGCGACGAAGACAGCCUGAUGGGCGACAUCGAUCAAAUGGAUGAUCUCGAAGAGCUGCAGUCCAUCUACGAUGACUACAUGGACGAGGAAGGUGACAUAGAGCAAAACUUUGCACACAAGGAUGCGACUGAUGAAGAGUACCUCAAGUCGCUGCAGGACACUAACUUCGACGAAAGUAUGGAUGGUGUAGACAAGGAUGCUGAUGGAAAAUACGAUAUGUCCGAUUUUCUGGGAGACGACGGGGAUGAUGGCGAACGUGAACAGGAUGAAGUUCAGGACAGCGUGCUGGACCAAUAUGCCAUUCAUAAUGAUGAUGCAAUGGACUUCAUGUCCGAUGCUGACCAGGAGUACAACGAAAGAAGCGAGCCGGUCGUAGCUGAGGAACAGUUGCGUAAUGACAAUGUCAUGCCAAACUACAGCCCUAAGAACUUCUAAGGAUGAAUAGCUGGUCACCUAUCAUGCAGUGUUCAGAUCAGCAUCGAACUCCAUGGCCCGUAUCUAUCAUCACGCUCAACAGAUCACUAUUACACGUUACACAUUCUACUAAUUUCUUCACCGUAUCACCUCUAUUCUAUCUAUUAUUGUUCUAUGGUGUUUGACUUGCAACUGCAUUUGCACGAAAUCACUUGAUCUGACUUGGGUUUGCACAUUUAUCAUAUGACUGCGGCACCGCCUAGCAUGCGGCUCAGCUGUGAUUCAGUGACGAUAACCGGUGCAGUAGAAUUUUCAUGAAGCAGUGGCGUUACGUACCGCAGGUCACAAUCUUCUUUGCCCUGCUUAUUCUACUAAAUUGAUGCUUGUGUUUGCCACUCAUCUCCUGACAACUAUUCGGCGGAAGUCCGGAGCCGGUUUUGAUGCUGUUCACACGUAACAUAAUUAUGAAUUCCGAAUAAUAAUUAUAUGCGUUACAUUUGAAACAAUGAAUCACAACAUUCAA